AUGGGGCAUGCUUCAGUGCAUAAAUUGAUCAACAGUGGCUGCAUCAUAAAGACUGACACCAAAGAAGGUAGAGUUUGUGUUGUCUGUCCUAUGGCUAAAUUCACCAAGCUCCCUUAUCACCUGAGCACAUCCCAUGCUGCUGAAAUCUUCCACUUGAUAUAUGUGGAUAUUUGGGGUGUAUACAGAGUUGAAACAAGAGGCAAACAUAGGUGCUUUCUAACUAUUGUAGAUGACUGUUCUAGAAACACUUGGGUGCACCUGCUCAAAGAAAAGUCAGAUGCAUUCAAGGCUAUUGAAGAGUUUAUGUUAAUGGUCAAAAACCAAUUUAACAAAACAGUGAAAAUUAUCAGGUCAGAUAAUGGAAUGGAAUUUGAGGAUCACAGAUGUCAAGCAUUAUUUGGUGCACUUGGCAUUGUACAUCAAACUAGCUGUGUAGGGAGACCACAGCAGAAUGGAAGAGUAGAAAGGAAGCACCACAAUAUUCUGGAGAUGGGAAGAGCCUUAAGGUUUCAAGCUGGACUCCCUUUGCAUUUUUGGGGAGAUUGUGUACUCACUACUGCCUACAUUACAAAUAGGCUGCCCACUCCAAUUCUGAAAAACAGAACCCCCUAUGAAAUCUUGCACAAAAUCAAACCUGACUAUUCACAAAUGAAAGCCGUUGGAUGUCUUGCCUUUGCCUACAACCCCUCUCUCAUCAAAGAUAAAUCUCAAGCUAGGCGGGCUGAUGGUAGCAAAGAACGAGAUAAAGCUAGACUUGUAGUGUUGGGUAACAAACAGCAAUAUGGUGUUGAUUAUGCUGAAACAUUUGCACCUGUAGCCAAGUUGACUACAGUAAGGUCCCUUCUUGCUGUUGUUUCUUUGGAAGGAUGGCAUGCAUAUCAGAUGGAUGUCAAAAAUGCUUUCUUGCACUGGGAUCUCAAUGAGACUGUGUAUAUGAAACCCCCACCAGGUUACAUUGCUCCCAACACUCCUCUUACUACAAAUCAGGGAUACUCCUCUCUGAAAGCUCAUGGCUUUAAUCAGUCUAAGGUUGAUUAUUCUUUGUUCACCAAACUUGCUAGCCAAAGCUUCAUUUUUGUUUUGGUCUAUGUGGAUGAUCUCAUCCUUGCUAGUAAUAAUAUCCACCUGAUACAAGAAACAAAAGCUUGGCUAUCUAGUCUGUUUCACAUGAAAGACUUGGGCUCCCUUUCCUACUUCCUAGGCAUUGAGGUUGCUCGUACUUCUCAAGGCAUAUUUUUAUCUCAAAAGAAAUAUGUCACUGAUCUAUUGAAAGAAUUCCACAUGACUAAGUGCAAUGCCUUCCCUUGGCACCACACCUCAAACUCACCUCCACAGCUGGUGACCCCUUACCUCAUCCUGAAACCUUCCAAAGACUGGUUGGAAAAUUGA